AUGUCGAUCCAAGAUUCAAAACAUCAACCUUACCACAACGAACCGAUGAUGUCUCCUACCAUUAACCUAUUGUCUCCUGGCAUUGAUCCUGCGCUGAGCAUUUCCAACACUCUUCUACAGGAUCUCGAAUGUGCCAUCUGUCAUGAGCUCUUAAGUAUCUCGCCCUAUUUGGCUACCACGGAUAGUGCCGUCGAUUCGCGCGUUGCUACGCUGAAAGCUCACGGUAAUGUCCACUACGUGCAUCAUGCAUGCAUCAUGGCCUCGAUCAACGUAAACAUGGCAUCAACAAAUACCUUCCCUGUAGAUCCUAAAACUUGUCACGACCAGCAUCUAAUCGAUCGACCUCGUAUCACCGCCAGCCAGGCAUUUGACCUGGUCAACUGUGCCCUUCCCGCUCAAGAGGAUGGCCGUGUUACAAACCGGCUAUCGGAAGGUGAGGACAAUCUGGAACAUGUAGCAGGCAGCUCAAGCGAAAUCAGAACUGCCAAUAACUGCAAGGACUUCACAGAUUCAUCGCUUGUUCAUCCCGCUCAAGUCUUUUCUGGCAAACAUCUCAAUACGAAAUUUAUCGAUUUCCAGCAUCGCGAGGAUAAACAUACACCUCAUGGUACUGCGCAGAAAGUCCAGGAUAAUGAACAUAACAUAGCAGAUCCAUCCGAAAACUUUAUGCAUGGUCGUCCUUGGGAAUUGGUUCCAGAUCCAUUGCCUAUCGAUGGACACGUGGAACUACCCGAGGAUGAUGACGACGGUGGCACUUUUGAGUGGAUCGAAUAG